UCACUGCAGUCUGGUGACGUAGUUCCGCUUCCGGUGUAAACAAGCAAGCCAAUAUGGCGACUUUCACUGAAGUUCUACUCGCAGAUAUGAGCGUUUGUUGACUCUGAGUACACAAUACAACAUAAUGUCUGAACUGAGAAGUGAGGGGAGUCUCGUCCGCUACUACUGCACCGCCGGGAACGGGAUGGAGCCUUUCUUAAUCGACGAGUUGAAGAGGAAGCUGGCGGCUGAAGAUGUGUGUCAGCUGCCAGGUAAAGUGUUGUUCAGCUCCUCUGCUGGGAUCAACAGAGUCAGAGAGCUCAAGGCUGCAGAAAGACUCUUCCUCCUGUUGAAACAAGACUCUCCUGUGCAGCUGUCUGCCCACAUCCUCCCAGCAAAAGCAGCUUCUGUGCUGCAGUCCCGAGUGCUGGGUGACAAGAAUCAGUGGACCAGUGCUGUAAUGACAUGGAGCCGCCUGCAGGGGGAGCUGGCAGGCAAAAGGACUACUGUCAACACACCGAGCACUGCCCUGUCAGUGGCAAGGAAGAGGGAGGAGGGGAGAGGGACUGAAGAGCUCAGGGAGGAGGAGGAGGAGGAGGAGGAGGAGGAGGAGGAGGAGGAGAAGAGCAGUGAGGAAAAGAAGAGUAAGACAGUGACAGUAGAGAGAGGGGGAAAGUUGAGCAGAGAAAUUUGUGGAGUUGAAGUCCAGACCCUGGAGAAAAAGAGAAAGAGGGAUGAUGAAGAGGGGAAGAGGAUGGUUAUGGAGCUUAGUAGCUGUACACAAAAUGGAAGAAAAGGAAUGUUAUCAGAAACAGAUUUGUAUGGCAGAGGAUCAGGACUAGACCACAAUGUGGAGAGAAGCUGCAGGACAAUGGAGCACAUGGCAGAGGACUUUGCUGAGAAAAAUGUGGAACUUGUAACAACUACUGGAGGAAGCGAUAAGACACUACUGCCACCCAGCAGGAUCAAACCAGAGCCGCCUUCUCCUGCCUCGGUCUCUUUUAGGAUCAGCUGCAAGUGUACUGGAUCUCUGUCCCGAUACUUCAGCACACAGGAGGUGAGCAAAGUGAUAGGAGUAGGUCUGAGCAGACUGCUGGGCUGGAAGGUUGACCUGAAGAAUCCACAGCUGGAGGUAAAUGUUAAUUUGAGUGAUGACCACUGCCUGCUGGGGUUUCCACUAACCAGGUUACCUCUGGCUAACCGGAGCUACAUGAAAACCACAGGACUGCGAUCUACUGUAGCCUGGGCUAUGGCCUCACUGGCUCAGAUACAGCCAGGCUUCUUCGUGGUCGACCCAAUGUGUGGGGCGGGGACCAUCCUAAUAGAAGCAGCACAGGAACACAAGGCUGUCUGUUUCCUGGGUGUGGACAUUGAUGAUGGACAGCUGCAGAAGGCCAAUGAGAACGUAGCGUGUGCAGAGCUUGGAAACAGGAUUCACCUACUGAAAGCUUCCUCUAUGAUGCUGCCUCUGCCCAGCGCCAGUGUAGAUGCUGUAGUCUGUGACCUGCCAUUUGGCAGGAAGUUUGGCACCAAAACAAACAUGGCUGCCAACUUGCCACUCAUCCUCACUGAGAUGGAGAGAGUCCUCUGUAUCGGUGGUACCCUGGUUCUCCUUCUGAGUCCUCAGUUAUCCUGUCUCCUGAAAAAACUCCUGGCACAGAAAGACACUGGACCAACAUCUAACCAGGAAACAGAGCCUCAGGUUGGGCUGCAACACCGACUGCCUCCCCCUCUCUCCUCCCUGAAGCACCAGGCAACUCUUAGAGUCAGCUUAGGUGUGAUAGAUGGACUGAUUCAUAAAUAUGUCAAGAAGGACACUUGAUCAGUGUUGGUGGAAGUUACAUUUCAAAGACAUUAGUCACUUUCCUUUGUUAGUUUUUUACUGUGUUUUGUUGUUUCCCUACUUACUGUUUUUUCAAAUAAAUGAAGAAAUAUCUUUUUAAAGAAAGUUUGAAUUUUGAAUUGUGUGAACUUUGUGUGGAUUGGAAAUGUGGCUAUUCCAGAGGAAAUGCUUUUUAAAGUCUUAAUUGUCAUUUUAUGAUGAUUUGAAUCAUCUUAACUGCCUUAAAAAGAACCUGACUUGAUUUGUGCUUUUAAAGGAUUGUUUUUAUGGAGUAAUUCUGAUCAUUGUAUUGUUAACAAUUUCCAUAAAAAGACCAAAACCAACAAUCUGUCUCUCAAAACUGUGCAAACUCACGCAGUGUCACGCAGCCCAUUGGUUCCAACUGAGCAAAUACAUACUUUCACUUAUAGAAAAGGGCUCUGUCAUUUCCUGAAACAUGUUAGUCAAACCAAAAUAAAUUGUGUGUCUUCAUGUUUGGUUGUCUUGAAAGUAUUAACAACCCCAGGACGGUGUAUGCCCACGUUCCAGCUCAAGAAGGAACAUAUGCAGAUGUGUCUCAUGGUGUGUUUUUAAUAAAUGUAAUAGUUUUUGGACCUUUAUCAAAGAAAAGAAUCAGCUUUAUCAGGUUCUCGCAUCACAGAUGUGUUGGUGGGAUCAAUUCCUUUGUUGGUUUGGGUAUUUUGUUGACCAGAAAUAUGGAAUAUCAAAAGCCUUAUCCCAUAAGGGGAGUAGAUUGAUGUCUUUAAAGUUUUCUGUAAGGGACGUUUGUUCUGCCUGUAACACAGACCCCUUCAGCUGAAUCACAAUGUUGCCAUCUGCCGUUUAGCCCUGCUUAGCCCAGUUUUAUACAGAGGGGCCAAACAAGGCCACACAGGGCUUAGUGUUUUCAUUAAUUUCCCCAUUAAAUGUAAACUCACUGUAUUUGUUUC